AAAUAUAAGGAGUAGAAAAGACUAAAGAGAAGGCAAAUAUAUACUAGGUCGAAGGAUUGACUAAUUUCCACAGUAUACAAAUAUAAUAUACAACACAUCAAGGUUAGUCCUCAACAUCAAAUAUAUUUUAAUUUGUAAUGGAAACAACAAAAAUAGUUGAAAACGUUGUGAUUGUGGGAGCUGGAAUUGCUGGCCUCACUACAGCCUUAGGACUUCACAGGUUGGGAGUUCAAAGUUUGAUAUUGGAAUCUUCAGAUAGUUUGAGAGUAACUGGCUUUGCUUUAGCAAUAUGGGAAAAUGGUUGGAAGGCCUUAGAUGCUCUUCGUGUUGGAGAUAUUCUCCGCCAAAAACAUAUACAUCUUCAUGGGAAUGUGACUACUUCUUUGAUGACGGGGCAACAAUUAGCAAAUAUGUCUUUCAAGGACAAAGGAAAGCCUGAAGUUCGUUGUGUUAGAAGGAAGUUAUUGUUGGAAGCCCUUGCCAAUGAACUUCCACGUGGCACCAUUAGGUACUUAUCAAAGGUGGUUGCUAUUGAGGAAUCUGGCUUCUUUAAGAUACUCCAUCUUAUUGAUGGAACAACUAUCAAAACCAAGGUAUUGAUAGGGUGUGAUGGAAUAAACUCUGUGGUAGCAAAGUGGUUAGGAUUCAAGGAGGCAACUUAUACAGAGAGAUUUGCAAUCAGAGGUUGUCUAGAAUUGGAAACUAAUCAUAGUUUUGAGCCUAUUCUUAAGCAGUACUUUGGCAAAGGUUUUAGAGCUGGAGUUGUUCCAUGUGAUGAGAAGGUUGUUUACUGGUUUUUCACUUGGACUCCUAACAGUCAAGAUAAAGAGCUAAUACAGAACCCUGCUAAACUAAAACAAUAUGUGUUAAACAAGCUAGAGAAUGUGCCAAGUUAUGUUAAAUCCUUCAUAGAAAAAACUGAAUUAGAUUCUUUCCAUUUAGCUCCAUUGAGAUAUAGACAACCAUGGAAGCUCAUAAUGGGAAAUAUUAGCAAAGGAAAUGUUUGUGUUGCUGGUGAUGCUUUACACCCUAUGACACCUGAUCUUGGCCAAGGGGGGUGUUGUGCUUUAGAGGAUGGGGUGGUUUUAGCAAGGUGCCUAGCUGAGGCAUUUUCCAAUAAAUCAAAAAAAGAAGAAAAAGAAGAAGAAUACAAAAGGAUUGAAGAAGGUUUGAAGAGAUAUGCAAAUGAGAGAAGAUGGAGAUGCAUUGAUCUCAUUACUACAGCUUAUAUUGUUGGUUUUGUUCAACAGGGUAAUUCAAAAUUGGUUACCUUUUUAAGGGACAAACUUUUUGCUCCUUUACUAUUUGGUCAGUUAUUGAAGAAAUCUAAUUUUAAUUGUGGUAAACUAAAUAUCCCUUAAUUAGUGACACACUUAUUUUGUGAUAAUGCUCAGUUUAUAGUGUUGCAUUUCAUCAUCAUGUUAAUAAUGAACCUGACUUCUAUU